AUGGGUCGUAAAUUUUUUGUCGGUGGUAAUUGGAAAAUGAAUGGGCUCAAAACUGAAAUAGAUGGUAUUGUUGCUUUCUUAAAAGCAGGCCCGCUCGACCCAAAUGUUGAACUUGUUGUUGGAGUUCCAUCAAUAUAUUUAACAUACACGAAGAGCAUAUUACCUAGCAAUAUUAGUAUUGCUGGACAAAAUGCAUACAAGGUUGCAAAAGGAGCAUUUACUGGAGAAAUAAGUCCUGCUAUGCUUAUGGACAAUGGAAUUCCAUGGGUAAUUCUUGGACAUUCUGAACGUAGAAAUGUUUUUGGAGAAACUGAUGAAUUAGUUGCAGAAAAAGUAGCUCAUGCUUUGGAAAGUGGACUUAAGGUAAUUGCAUGUAUUGGAGAAAAAUUGGAGGAACGUGAAGCUGGUAAAACAGAGGAAGUAGUCUUUAGACAGACAAAAGCCAUUGCAGAUAAAAUCAAAUCAUGGGAUAAUGUAAUUGUUGCUUAUGAACCAGUAUGGGCAAUCGGUACAGGCAAAACAGCUACACCCGAACAAGCUCAAGAAGUUCACUUAAAAUUAAGAGAAUGGUUCAGUAAAAAUGUUAAUCCAACUGUAGCAGAAAAUGUUAGAAUUAUUUAUGGAGGUUCAGUAACAGCAGGAAAUGCAAAGGAUUUAGCAAAAGAAAAAGACAUUGAUGGAUUUUUAGUUGGAGGAGCAUCUUUGAAACCUGACUUUGUACAGAUUGUUAAUGCUAAGCAGUAAGAUCAAAUAGUUAUAUAAAACUGUUAUCUAUUUAAUUGAUAUGUAUUCUUAAAAAUAUGUAUACUGUAAGAAUUAUUAUAAAGAACUAAUUUAAUAUUC